GCACGCCCCCGCUUCCCCCCGGGGAGCGGGCCAGGUGCUCCCCCGGCGCGGCCGGAGCAGCGCCGCCGCCCCGCGCCUCCCCAGGGCAAGGGCGGCUCCUGGCCGGCGGAGGCGGGCGCCCUGCUGCCGCCCGCGGGGUGGGCGCCGUGGGCCGGCCGCGCCCCGCCCGCCUCCCUAUUGUCUGGCGGCGGCGGGCGGGCGAGUGGCCGGCGCUGUCCCCGCGGCCGGGGGCCAUCGCCUGCCGGGGGCGGUGGGCUCCGCGCAGGCUGGGGGAGCCGCGGCGGGGGUAGAGCCGGGGCGUAACUUCGAAGGGGACCGUUGCGUGCCCGCCCGGCCCGGCCGGUAGGAGGGUUGAGCCCCUCCGAGCCCCGAGGACUGUCUGCGCUCCCGGUCCUUCCUUCCUCCGCCUUGUGCCAGCUGCGAAGCCGGGCGCCUGUGCGUGGCUGUACUCGCCACAGGGCGGAGGAGGCUCCGUCUGACUCGUCAGCCGGCAAAGGAGAGUCGAGAAGUUCAGUCCCGGGGCGCCGGCAGGAGCUGGCGAGUCCCCGCCCGCUGUCACCGGGCUGCGCACGCCCGGGCUGGCGGCGGCACCGACCGGCGGACGGACGGGCGGACUGACCGGCGGCAGCCGACGAGCCAUGAAGUUCCUCUGGCUCCGGAGUCGUCUCGCAUCCCGCGGCGCUGCGGCGCGGGGGCGAGCGCGGAGGAGCAGUGCAGUAUCAGGGCGUGCAGCACUGGAGAUCGACACCGACUUUCAUAAACCCUGUAAUGGAGGCAGUCCUGGAUCUCCAAAAGAGCUCAGAGUAUCUGCAGUAGUGAAUGUUAUCUGGUGGUGGAUGUGGACUUUAAAACAGUGUAUCUCAACAUCUCAUCCUCAACUAUCUAUUUUUAAUCUGAUUGCACUACAAAAGAAAAGCUGCUAAUGGGAUAAAUGUUGAGACUUUACAAGAACUGACUUGAAGUACUGAAAGCCAUUAUUAUUAAUCAAGAAGGGCUUGAAGCUAAGUCUGUAUCUGACCAGUCAGUAUCAUUUUCACGUAACAGGCAUGGCAAGUAAACGAAAAUCAACAACACCGUGCAUGGUCUUAGCUAACGAGCAGGAUCCAGAUCUAGAAAUGGUAUCAGACUUGGAAGAAGGACCACCUGCAGUCGCGCCAGCAGAUAACCCUGCAGCAGAGAGCGUAACAAGUGAUGAGGAUGUUCAUGAAUAUGUGGAUUCAGACAAUCAAAAAAAUACAAAUAAAGUAGAAGGCGGUUAUGAAUGUAAAUACUGUACUUUUCAAACUCCAGAUCUCAAUAUGUUUACUUUUCAUGUGGAUUCAGAACAUCCCAACGUAGUGUUAAAUUCAUCCUAUGUUUGUGUAGAAUGCAAUUUCCUUACCAAAAGAUACGAUGCUCUCUCAGAACAUAAUUUGAAGUACCACCCUGGAGAGGAGAAUUUUAAAUUGACCAUGGUGAAACGUAACAAUCAGACAAUCUUCGAACAAACAGUAAAUGAUCUCACGUUUGAUGGGAGUUUUGUUAGAGAAGAGAACGCUGAACAGGCUGACUCUUCUGAGGUCCCCUCAUCAGGGAUCUCAAUUAGCAAAACUCCUAUUAUGAAAAUGAUGAAAAACAAAACUGAGACUAAACGUAUUGCAGUUUUCCACAAUGUAGUUGAUGACAUGUCUGGUGAAGAAAAGGGAACUGAAAACGAGCCAAACUCUGAAGAAGCAGUAGAAAACCCACCACCAGCAGUUUCUGAGUCAAAAGCGAGCCAUUCCGUGGUUUGCAGUGCAGCAGAUGUGGCUAGUGCGGUAGUGACUGCAGCACCUGUGCUUCAGCCCGGGGUGGCACAGGUUAUAACAGCUGUUACAGCUCCACAGAACUCAAACCUGCUUCCAAAAGUCCUAAUACCUGUAAAUAGCAUUCCAGCCUAUAAUACUGCUUUGGAUAACAAUCCUCUUUUGCUUAACACCUACAACAAAUUCCCAUAUCCAACCAUGUCAGAAAUCACUGUUCUUUCCACUCAAGCUAAGUACACAGAGGAACAGAUUAAAAUAUGGUUUUCUGCUCAGCGUCUGAAACACGGUGUGAGCUGGACGCCGGAGGAAGUGGAGGAAGCGAGGAGGAAACAAUUUAAUGGCACAGUGCAUACUGUGCCACAGACAAUUACAGUUAUUCCAGCGCACAUUUCCGCCGCUAGCAAUGGUUUACCUUCAAUUUUACAGACAUGCCAAAUAGUUGGUCAGCCAGGACUUGUUCUCACUCAAGUUGCAGGUGCAAAUACGUUACCAGUAACAGCCCCAAUAGCUUUGACUGUAGCAGGAGUCCCAAACCAAACACAGUUACAGAAGAGUCAGAUUCACACUGCUCAGCCCAUUGCAGAAACCAAACAAGUAGCUGCAGUUCCAGCCCCUCAGCCUAUCAAAAAUGAAUCUGCGCUGAUCAAUCCUGACUCCUUCGGCAUCCGGGCAAAAAAAACGAAGGAACAGCUGGCAGAGUUGAAAGUCAGCUACCUUAAAAAUCAGUUUCCUCAAGAUUCAGAAAUUGUUAGGCUUAUGAAAAUAACGGGCCUGACUAAAGGAGAGAUCAAAAAGUGGUUCAGCGACACACGCUACAAUCAGAGAAACUCAAAGAAUAAUCAUGGGAUUCAUCUCAACAGCGAUUCAUGUGCCACUAUUGUUAUUGAUUCAAGUGAUGAAAUGAAUGAAUCCCCAACGGGAGUCACUCCACAGAGCAAGUCAUCGUGGAGCACUUUUCCUGAUUUCACCCCACAGAAAUUCAAAGAGAAGACUGCUGAACAGCUGCAAGUCCUUCAAGCAAGUUUUCUUAAUAACCCUGUCCUUACUGAUGAGGAGAUGAAUAGGUUGAGAGCCCAAACAAAACUGACCAGGAGAGAGAUUGAUGCCUGGUUUACAGAAAGAAGGAAAUCAAAUGUCUUGAAGGAAGAGGGAGCUGACUUGAAUGAGGGCAAUGCUGGCAGCUCAAAAGAAGAGGCUGGAGAAACAUCUGUGGGAGAUGGAGCAGCAGGAGCAAAAUCAGGGUGUUCCACUUCAAGCAAAAUAGGCAAAAAAUCACCAGAGCAGUUGCACAUGCUCAAAAGUUCCUUUGUCCGUACUCAGUGGCCAUCUCCACAAGAAUACAACAAGCUGGCAGAAGAAACUGGGCUCCCAAGGUCUGAGAUUGUGAGCUGGUUUGGAGAUACUCGCUAUGCCUGGAAAAAUGGUGGAUUGAAGUGGUAUUAUUAUUACCAGAGCGCCAAUGCAAACAGUCUGAACGGCCAAGGCUUUACAAGGAAGAGAGGGAGAGGAAGACCAAAAGGGAGAGGGAGAGGGAGGCCUCGAGGGAGGCCUCGGGGGAGCAAGAGGUUAAAUUGCUGGGAUAGAGGUGUCUCUGUCAUAAAAUUCAAAACUGGAACAGCAAUCCUGAAGGACUACUAUAUGAAGCACAAAUUCCUUAAUGAGCAAGACCUUGAUGAACUGGUAGCCAAAUCUCACAUGGGAUAUGAGCAGGUCAGAGAGUGGUUUGCAGAAAGGCAAAGAAGAUUAGAACUUGGAAUAGAGCUGUUUGAUGAGAACGAGGAGGAAGAUGAAAUGCUGGAAGAUCAAGAAGAUGAGGAAGAAACGGAUGAUAGUGAUACUUGGGAACCCCCCCGACAUGUUAAGCGUAAACUUUCAAAAUCAGAUUGAUGUGCAAUUUGGGAUUUGGGGGCCAAAAACCUAUGAAUUAGGUUUGAUGUUAUGGUGAAGAGCCACAUGGUUUUUCAUGGCCUUCAGUUCAGCAAGCACCUGCUUAGCAUCUUUCUUCCACAUAAAAGAACAUAGGCAAGAUGCUACCUGUGCAGGCAACAAUUGUUUGCUUCCUUACUACAAGAGGUGGACAUCCUUAGGCCUAGCCUAGGCCAUGGGGUUAUAAAUCAGAUCCAGUUCAGAUCCUCCUCUUCCACAUUACUGAUGGGAAGGUUCAUGUUCAUCAUUCACGUGACUGCUUCUCAAUAUUUAAUUGCCUUAUGUUGUUUAAUUCCAAAAAAACACAGACACAUUUUUUCGUUGAUGUAGGAGAACAUUGCCUGCUCGUGAAGGAGGAAAAUACAAAAACCUAAGAUGUCUUUUUCGCAAACAUCACUUCACCUGAAAGGUUUCAAGGCCUGGGUUUAUUUUUUAAGAAAAGAGUUCAAAAGAGAAGGGGAAAAGUGUGACAAAGGAAUCAAUGAACCUAGGGGUGAGGAUUGUUUGGUUUAAGAAAAUGAGGUGAUAUUGGCACCUUUUGCAUAUCUUCAGAGUGUUUUGGGUUUACAGAACUUGUGCUGAAAUGUUCCUUGUUGAUAAGUACGAGCUAACUGAAUGAGUCUAAUGCUAGAAGAUGCUUUUCAUUAUGUUUAAUCAGUGUAUCCUACAUCAAUUUAAUUUAAAUGCCUGACAGACUUGAUGCAGUAUAUAGUAACAUUUGUUUUUAGCUUGUGCGUUCUUUCCUUUGUUGGAAAUGGUAAGAAGAGUAUGUUUAUUUCUAGCUAAAAAGAGUAAUUUCUUGAAAUCUUACACUGAAUUUUAAGGUAAACGUGAGGCGGAAACUUUUUUCAGAGUUGCUUGGGGGUUUGUAAAAAUACAGAGAUGCAGAGAUGAAAAGCGUCUUCAGGUGCUACUAAGAAAGGUUUUCAAGUAAGUUGUGGCAAUGACAUGACGUUUAAUUCUUAAAAUGAAGUUAUAUGGCUUUUAGAUGCUUAGGAAUGAUAAACACCUAGUGUGUAAUUGUUCUUCAGCGAUAGCCCAGUUGAAUGAUUUGCAUGCAAGUUUAACCUAAAUUCAUCUCAAUGGGUUGAGCUCACCACUGUGCUGAUUGUUCUUAGGGCUGCUGGGUGAACAUGCUUAUUUUUAGAGGUAGAUUGAUCUACUUGAACUGAACUCCAGAAGUAAUUUAUUUUGAUGUGAAACAUCCGCAUUUUGAGUAAGUGUCUUUAAAACAGGAGGGAAAAAAAGAAAAGCCAUUUAGUCUUAACGUUGAAGUCAUAGUAGAGUUUGAAUUAGCAACUUAAAAGCAAUGGACCAAAUUCACAGAAGUUAGUUUAGGCAAAUGCUUGGCAUCCUAGAGAACUGGUACUCUCAGGAAGAGUACUUUGCUACUGUUCUUGCUACUGUCAGUCUGCAUUUUUUAGAGCUAAGUUACUUUAUAUUUAGAUGUCAAAAGAUGAUGAUGAAUUGGUGCUGCUGUCACCAGUAUUGUCUGUUUUUACAUUGGUACUAACGGAAAGGAUACUAGCAAUCUCCUUUUGCACAUCUGUCAACAUCUUCUCGGUAAGCUGCUGCAUCUGAUGACCAAGGAGAGACAGAUUAGAGGAAAUGUGUCCUAAUGUUUCCGCAUCUCUAAGGACCUAUCUAGAAUUACGCUUUCUUCUUCACUCUGAUAACUGUCAAAAGACUAAGAAAGUCCUUUUAGUCAUGAUCUUCGGAAGCAGAGGAGUCCAUUUUAGAUCUGGUAUUCAUACCUGAUUGUGGGUGAAACCCAGGCCAAAGCAAGAAAGGGAAUAAUGUCUGACAAAAAAAAAUAACCUCCUGGACUCACCUUCCUCUUUGGACGCUUGUAGCUGCCCUUCUGCUCGCAGACUGAACAGGAGCCUGAGUUGCAGGAGGAUGUUCUGUAUGAAAGCCAUUUACCAGAGUGAGUUCUUCUGACUAUGAGAUUGCUGGAAAGAAAAAGGCAAUGGCUUUUGGUAUGUGACACAAAUUUGAUUAUGAAACUAUUCCCUGGCUUCCAAGACUCAAAUUGGUGAGGUUCAAAGCAGCCAGUGAUGCUAGAGGGGGCUAGACAGCUCAGUUUAACUUCAGGGUAGGAGAGAAGCAAAAAUGUGUUGUCAGCAUAUUUCAUUGGAGUGCUUAUGACUCUGGAUAUGAGAUGGUGUAAGAGAGAUCAGGAUCUGACCUUUUCAGCAUUGACUGCUGCAUGUGCAUUGGCGGGUAUUCUUGUUUGGCUGGUAAUGGUAUGGAUGAGGCAGUUGUAAAUGUCAGCAGAUACAAGAAAGACUCGUGUUAGCAUCAAGCUCCACUGGAAAUACAGGGUCAAAAUUCAGUGCUUGCUGAGUGGGAAGGGACAAAGCUGGUAGGGAAAGAGAUGCUAUUUUUAAGUUUCCAAAAAUAUUAAAGCAAAUCCUUAAAAUCCUUGGGAAUAUGCCUCUAGCAAGCAAAAUCGGGAGUUGCCUUAAUCCUUAAAGUUGACCCAGAAUUAAUUGUCUUUAAAAAAACAAAAAACCCAAGCAAUCUGUCCAAAUAAGCAUCUCAAUUUUUUCUCAGCAGAGACUGCACUUAGGUUAGCAUUAAAUCCAACCUUCGUUAAAAGAUGGGAAAAAUAAAGAUCAAAGUUAAUUAUGUGAUUAAAAUGGGAAAUUUUCCAUUUUGGCAGUGUUUUGUUAAAUAACUCCCAGCUACAAUGGUAGGCCUUAGCACAUCUGGUCUGAAAAACAGAGGAAGAGGAAAUACAUUUUUUAUCAGACUAAAUAUAGUUGGAUUGCAUGUCUUCUCUUCAGUGAAAUGGUCAGAGACGGUGGCUGGUGUAUACUGGGCCAGAUUUUCAGUUGUCAUAAAUAUUACAGUUCCAUGUAUUCCACUGGUUAUAAUAGUAUUUACAGCCCACUGAGGAACAUUGUAUUUUUGCAGAAUAUAAAAUUUAAAUUAAACCAUGUGCUGUGGGUCGACUAAUGAGAGAUGCAGAGUACCCACAUUUCCUUUGGGCUACAUGCACAUUUUAAAUCUUUCAGUUGUGCCAAGGAUGAGAAAAAUCUGGGUGGGUUCAGCCUGAAGACAGCAGUUGUAUGCAUUUGUUAUUGCUCAUAAUCUGUCUGUUAUUUCUGUUUGAACAAACAGAGUCCAUUAAUUACCAGUUUAUUUCAUGUUUACAGCAUGUGUAUGUUUGCACUGCAUACUGGGAGAGAGGGAUACUCCUUCCAGAGGCCUCCCGCAUCGAGACUUGACAGUAGAAGCAUUGGAAGGAGCUGUCAGCAUGCUGGUCUAUUUUAUCUGUGAAUUGUGGUUGUGGCUGGUGGGAACUCAAAGCUGCUGGUAACAGUGGUUAAGCCCAGAUUCAUCUCAGCCAACCUUAGGCUGCUGUGCUCCUUGCCGUGGUGCCCAAGGACACUAUAGAGUGACCUGAGAGAAACAGAAAUCACCUGGUGGUGGAGAGGAUAUGGUGCCUUCUGGUUCUACCAGUCACAUACACGAAUUAAGCACAUCAGCCAGGGUCUUAAUUUAUGAUGAAUGCGAGCAUCACUGUGCUUAUGAACAGUGCACCCCUGCAGCCUGGCUCCCUCUUGUAGCUUACGCACACCUGCAUGGUGUUUUGGAAGCUACUUGAACUGAGCUAUGUUGGCAGUGGGGAGGGAAGGAUCAAGAAAGUACGUCUACCCUGGGGUGAGUGUUCCUGUGGGAUUUUGUUAUUUCCCUGCGCAGGAAAGAACUGUGUAUAGAUGAGCCUGUGAUAUGUUUUCUUGUGGAGCUUCACCUCUUGGGUUUGAACUAGUUGUGAGCCAGGCUUCAGUGACUGUCACUGACAGAGAUGAAGAAACUCUUUGAUCUUGCUCAGAUCUUACCUCUGGGUGGCUGGUGUCUCAGUCUUCAUUGGGAGCGCUGUUUCAGAAUUCAGCUGUGAGCAUCAGUUCCUUCAGAGCUAAGGUAGAGCUUUCCCCUUCAUCUCCCAUUUCUGCCAGGAGUACCUGGUCUGAUGAUGCUAGUUACUGCUGUCCCUGGAAUUCAGCUGAAGAGAGAAUAAUGAUAAUCCUGUGCCAGAAUGGAGAGGGAGAAGGGCUAAAAGAAAGCAAGCAUCGUCACAACCGGGUGAGGCAUCCACCAUCACUGUACUGUGCUGCUUCAUGGCGUGUUUUUCUCUUGCUUCUGGGUACAGUGAAGGAGCAAGUUCCAUCUUAAACAGUGCUGUCUUCCCAGUAUCAGCCUCUCAAUGACCUAAGGUUAGCGUUUGUUGUGAAAAGAAAGUCAGACUUAUUCCUCCCUGGAGGAUGAAUUGAACUAACAGAGUGCUGGCUUGUAAGAAGUGGAAAGAAGGGAAAAUGCAGAAGCUUGAAGGUUCUGACUUUUGCUUCCCCUGCAGAACUCACUCACCUAGAAAUUGAUAAGCAAACAAAGUUUUGCUGUUCUGACAGAACGAGUAAAGUGUUGCAAUCACUCAUUUGCAGUCACUCAUUUUUAGCACAUAGAAAUCUCUGCUCUGGUUUGAAAGCAAAGGAGAGGAAAGAUACCUAGUACCUCAUGAUUAGAAUUUAGUGGAUUAUCUCUUAAUACAGUAUAGCAAAUGAGGCCAUUCGCUUUUUAAACUUGCCCAGUACUAUUUUAAAAGCUGCUUUUUCAUUAUAUUUUGUGCAGUAUGGUGUCUGGCUGUAACUUUGAUUAUUGGGAAGGAAAAUCACACAAUGUCCACACAUGACACGAAAUAAUUUUUCUAAUGCGUGAUUUACUGACUUUGGGCAAAAGCCUGUUUUUUUCCUGCUCGCCAAGAAACUCUUGAGGCAGGCAAAUGCACUUCUUUCUCCUCUACAGUGUAGAGAAAGCAUUUCUGGAGCCCAUACAAAGUGAUUCAUGGCCUUACGCAGUCCCCGUAGGCCAGAAAGCCCAAAGAUGCAAACACCCUCUUCCUCCUCCAUUUUCCUCUGAAAUGAGAGCACAGCAGUAACUCUGACAACUAGUCUCUGGCUGCUGAGUAACCAAGCUGUAAUUUAAGGUGGGGAGCAUUUUCCCUUUUGCACUUAAUGGAGUACUGUGUAUUCAGGCUGGAUGUCAGUAUUUGCUUCUGUAAAUAUGAUGGUAUCAAUUUGCAUCCUCCACCUGAGUCCUGUAUCUGUCUAUAUUCAUAUCUCCCAAGGAGAGAAGAUAAACUUUAAGCUUCUGUAAUAUUAAAUAUCCCUGCCCUAACCUGAAUGCACAAAAGUAGAGUGCAAUGAAAUAUAGCUACUCUCUUUGAUUUAAUUUAUUUUUUCUUGGAAAUUAAUUUUGCCUACAUUCAGUAGUAAUGAGAAGAUGGUUUCAAUGAUUGGAGAGCAGUAAAACUGUUGAGAGUUGUUCAUAAUGCCUAGGGUGAUCAUGCAAAUUAGAGAUGGGAAGGGCUAGUAGAGGGCUCGGUUCCCUACGCUGAACAGUGCUGGGUUACACCUGUAUUCUCCCUCAAGCUUGUGAUAUUUUAGGAUAAGUGGAUUUACCACGUAGUGUGACAUAAACUUCCGGGGUCAAGUUACUUGAGGUUUGGUGAUGUAUUAAAAAUCUGUAGGAAAAGAUUUUAAAAUGAAGGUUGUAGCAGAAGGUGAAAAAUCCCCUCAAUAGCUAUUUAUACAUGUUCAAUAGCUCAAAUUUCUGUAUAGUUUUCAUGCUUUUAAAAAGGGAGAUUUUGAAGCACAGGUGGCUUUACAGCCAAUAUUUUCAAGUUUAAUGCUUGGAGCUCUUGGGGUUUUUUCUCCUUCUGCAUUGAAGAGCAUCUGCAUCUUUUCGGUGGAUAGUCAUUGUAAAAAUGACUUAUACAACACUGUAAAAUCUAGAGUGGUAACUGAGGAUCCCGUAGCACUUUUCAUGAAUUAAGGUGGGAUUUGUCUGAUUGCAUGUUGAUGUCUGCAUUUGAGCCAGACACCAUAGCUACUCAGUAUACCUAACUAAGCCAGGCCUGCUCAUGCCACAUGCCUGGAGCUGGUCAGACUGCACCCUAAGCUCCACUGACUGUUCAACACGGCGUGCAGGCAGAGGCUGACACUACAGAUAUCUGCAAUUUGGUGAAAUGGAUCUUCACCUGGGAGCGUGCUGGCUGGAUUGCAGCACCGAUCUUUGUGUUGUGGUUAGCAAUGGUACUUCCCUCUGCUUCCAGCUUGACGCUUGUGGGGAAGUGUGAGGCCUUUUGUUCUGUUUUUUGCUUUUUUUCUUUUUCUUUUAUUCUAGAGCAGGUAGCAUUGCAGUGGUGGAUAAGAGUAACUGAUCCUUCGUUAUAAUACUGUGGCAUAAAAGUGAUUCGGGGUUUCUCAAGUAGUUUAGAGAUAGGGUUACUAUAUGAACAUUGGAUGUGCAUAACUUGGAAUGUGUUAAGACACAUAAUAUUUGUGUCCCAGUUUAUGAAAAUAUUUCCUUACGCUUAUUCAGUACUAGAUACCUGUCAUGAAACUUUCUCUAAAGAAUCUGCUAGAAUGACAGAAGAUUCACAUCUUUAUCUGUGAUAUGAAACGAUCAACCACAAGAGCUCCAUUAUGAUUUCAAAAUGUUCCCCCCGCCUCCAGUUCCAGCUUACAAAAGUGUUUCCAAUUUUGCAUAGUUGGCUAUCUGCAUGUAUGCUUACAGUCUGUACAGAAAUGCACUAAAGUGAGUUGCCCUACCUGGGAAGGCUUUAUAUUGUAUAAACAUGUGGCACUAGGUACUGCUCUUCAUGUGCACAGGAGAGUUAACAGGUGUCGAUCUCGUUUACAGAAAUGAUGGCGCUUUGCAAUUUUCUAGAAUAUAUUGCAAUAUAUUUAAAUGUCCUGUUUGACAUGUGAAAUGAAAUUAAGUUAAUGCAUUGUUAUGUAUUUGAAGUAUGAGGAAGAUGAUUCACUAACGACCAGCAAGGUUUUUAGGAGGUGUCCAGUAUGUAGCCGUCUGUGUGAUCUGUCUGGUGUAUGUGACGUUAAAGGAAGCAACAAUACUGUCACUGUUUAGAAUGAAGAAUUUCUUUUGAAUGAUGCAAUAGCUUACAGUGUCUUUCCUUUGUAGCUGCCCAAUGUGGUGAAGGGGAAGCAAUUCUUGAAAAAGUUCAAGAUUACUGGUUAACUGUGAAUGGGCCUAAUCUUUCCUGAAACCAAGAAAAUUUUUGGACACACACAGGACUUGAAUACUGAAAAGGAUUGGAACUUAGUGUUGUGCCAAAGUUAAACUACUGCAGUUGGCAGAAGUUCUGCACUGUAAAUAGAAGACUGAUUAAAAGACAGCUUGUAAAAAAAUUUUAAAAAAAUCAAAUUUUAAUACAGUACAUUUUUAUUAUGAUACAUGAUGGAAACAUUCUGUUUUAGACUUUUUUUGAAGAGGCUUCAGUGACCACUAGAUUUUUGUCCUCUUAUAUUUUGUUUGGCCUAAUACUAUAUGUUCUGGUAAGAUGGGCUUUAUUGCCUGUGUUCUUUGAUAUGUGAUUAAGCUUAUAGCUUUGAGUGACCAAACAUUUUACAGAGUAAAAGUUCUUAGAAACAGUAUAACGUAACUGAUAUUUCUGUGUCUAUUUAUCAGGCUCUGCACAAACUUGGGAAGUUGUGCUGGAUUUGUACAACUCAUAUAUGGGAACGCAGCAUACUUCUGGAUAUUACAAACCUAAGCCUUUGUGGCAGUAUGGAUCUUGUCUUCGGAUUUAUUUUUGUUAUUUUUUUGAGGCAAAGAGACAAAUAGAUGCUGCUGUAAAAUAUUUGUAAUAUUGCCAUUAUUGCUUUCUGUAGCAAUUACUGCUUUUGCUUCAACAGAUAAAGAAAAUAAAUCAGAGAUAAAAAAGUCCUAAAAGACGCUGGUAGAAGAAAGGAUCAUGUGGGAACUUCUGAAAAUAAACUUUGUACCAAAAAUUUGAAAACAGAAAUAAUGGAAUAAAUGUCUCCUUACUGAGUGCGUGUGGUUUUAAGAGGUGGUGUGGAAACCAGGAACCAUGUCUGUAUGAAAAUGUCACAGAGCAGAUCUUCUCAAAUGUCUUUUUUUCCUGUUACACAAAACUGAAUUUCACAAAUUCCUCAGAUGCAUUGAAUUUGGAGAACUGGCUUGGCUGAACAGCCAGCAUGAGGUCAGCUGCAUGUGCGAGUCAGUACAGCUGCUUGUUGCUGAACUGUUCUGCCGUGUCAGCAGGCCAGGGAUGUCCACGUGAUUCUUCUCGUUAAGGCAGAUGCUCUUUAUUAUCACAUUUAAAAUAUUUGGGGUGGGAAGAGUAGGGGCGAGUAGGAACCACCUCCCCACUGAAUGUCAGUUGGACAUCAUGCUUUGUGGCUGCUUUUAACCUGUGCCUUUUCCUCAGAGAAGGGUCUGAGAUGAACACUUUCUGUCGAGCUCUGCAUUUCUCUGGCGAGCCUGACUUACCGGAGGCAGUGCCACCGUCUUGCAUCUUGCAUCGGCAUGACUCAUCACACCUGUCUACUUCAACUGUUGCGCUGCAGCCGGAGGGGCUUGAAACUCAGCCUUCCCUGCAUCACCCGGUGUCGUGCCUGCAGACCGGUCCCCACCUAUGAAAAAGAUGUUUAAGGCAAUGGAAUUGUUCCUGCGCUGUAGCUUAUGUCAGUCCUGGAAAAAAAGGGGGG